AUGUCGCUAAAUUCGGCAUUACCUGAAAACAAUUGCAGAAUGAAGACAAUUCAGUGUAGGGCUCCACCCACGGCAUGUAUGUUCGGUACUUGUCCAAAUGGACAAACCUGUAUUCUGACUGGACCUGGUGAGCAAGUUUGUUGUCCGAAUGCUCAGAUUAUCAGUCCUGGACUUACUACUACUACUAUUGCUACCACAUCUACUGCUGCUACUACAACAUCCGCUUGUCGUGAUCUCCUCAAUCCACGUACAGGAGUAUCGGACUGUCCAAAUGUAGCAUACCUAUGUAAUAACUCCGUUUAUUACAAUCUUAUGACACAGCAAUGCCCAAGAACAUGCGGUAGAUGUCCAGGGACAAGUGCAACAGGAACAGGACAAGCAACUGUGGCACCUUAUUCAACAAAAAAGUCACUCAUACUUAGCCUUUGCAAUAUGUUGCUUUCAGCCUGCCGUGAUUUGGUCAACCCCACAACUGGAACUUCAAACUGUGGCCAAAUGUACAGUUAUUGCCAAAAUCCAAUAUAUCGUACUCUUAUGAGACAACAAUGUCCACUGACUUGUGGAUAUUGCAUUGUAUCUGCUACUACUACGACUACCGUAGCGCCAUGCCGCGAUCUCCUUAAUCCACGAACAGGUGUAUCGGACUGUCCGAAUGUAGCAUAUCUCUGUAAUAACGCCGUUUAUUACAAUCUUAUGACCCAACAAUGUCCUAAGACAUGCAAUAGAUGUCCAGGAUCACCUGGAGCAGCAACGGGAACCGCAACUGGAACAGCCACCAUUGCACCUGCUAUGUCAAAUUGUCGAGAUUUAGUCAAUCCGACAACUGGAACUUCAAACUGUGCACAAAUGUACAGUUAUUGUCAAAAUCCUCUAUAUCGUGCCCUGAUGAGACAGCAAUGCCCAAUGACUUCAGAUUGCGAGGAUCUGAUACAUCCACGAACGGGCGCUUCCGACUGUCCACAAAUGAAAUCGUUCUGCAAUAAUAGCAAAUACUACAAUUUGAUGACUCAACAGUGUCCAAAAACCUGCAACAGAUGUGAAGAAGCGGCCGCGACACCCAAAGGCUGUCGGGACCUUGUGAAUCCCGUCACUGGCCGAUCGGAUUGCCCAAAAUUGGUUGCAUACUGCUUUGACAACAACUACAAGAAACUUAUGCAACAACAAUGCCCAAAAACAUGCAGAUACUGUUGUCGGGACCUUGUGAAUCCCGUCACUGGUCGAUCGAAUUGCCCAAAAUUGAUUGCAUACUGCAAUAACAGCAGCUACAGAAAGCUAAUGGAACAACAAUGCCCAAAAACAUGCAGAUUUUGUAAUUAG